CAGACACUGAAGAUGUGGGUCAUGAGGUCCCCACCCCUCCUGCUACUGCUCUCAGGGGGGAUCCUGGCCUUGACUGAGGCCUGGGCAGGCUCCCACUCCCUGAGGUAUUUCCACACCAUGAUGUCCCGGCCCGGCCUCGGGGAGCCCCGCUUCAUCACGGUGGGGUACGUGGACGACACGCAGUACGUGCGGUUCGACAGCGACGCUCCGGGUCAGAGCGUGGAGCCGCGGGCGCCCUGGGCGGAGCAGGUGGGGCAGGAGGAUCGAGAUGAGGAGACGCGGAUCCAGAAAAACAACGAACAAUCCUUCCGAAAGGGCCUGCACACGCUGCGCUGCCACUACAACCAGAGCGAGGCGGAGUCUCACACCAUCCAGAACUUGAGCGGCUGCGAGGUGGGGCCGGACAGGCGCCUCCUCCGCUGGUACAGUCUUUUCGCCUACGACGGCGCCGAUUACAUCGCCCUGAACGGGGACCUGCGCUCCUGGACCACAGCAGACGAGACUGCCCAGAUCACCCGGCGGGAGUGGGAGGCCAGUGGCUUGGCUGAGCGCCUUAAGAAAGAGCUGGAGGGCAGGUGCGUGGAGUGGCUGCUCAGAUUCCUGGAGAUGGGGAAGGAGACUCUGCAGCACGCAGAUGCCCCUGAAACACAGGUAACUCAUCACCCUACCUCUGAGCAUGAGGUCACUCUGAAGUGCUGGGCCCUGGGCUUCUACCCUGUGGAGAUCACCCUGACCUGGCAGCGAGAUGGGGAGGACCUGACCCAGGACACAGAGCUGGUGGACACCAGGCCUGGGGGGGACGGAACCUUCCAGAAGUGGGCAGCUGUGGUGGUGCCUUCUGGAGAGGAGCAGAGAUACACGUGCCAUGUGCAGCAUGUGGGGCUGCCGGAGCCCCGAGUCCUGAGAUGGGAGCCCCCUCCUCAGAACUCCACCCCCUCCGGGGGCCUCAUUGCUGGCCUGGUUCUCCUUGGAGCUGUGCUCACUGGGGCUGCGGUGGCUGCAGCUGUGAUGUGGGAGAAGAAGCGCUCAGGUGGAAAGGAAGAAGCUAUUUUCAGGUUGGAGUGUGAGACAGCUGCCUAGUAGGACUGAAUGAUGGUUCCCACUGUGUGACUUCCAGCUCCACUGGUUUCCUUCCUGAAAGGGCAUCUGCAUGUGUCCAUGAGCAUAAUGCCCACCAGGCCCCCUCCCCAGACUGACCCAAUUCUCCCUUGAUGGCUUCACUGUUCUAGCAGAGAUGGGGCUGAGCAGACUGUAUCCUGUAUUUAUUUUGUUUUUUCCCUAAGGAAUAACAUUUAACCAAUAAUUCCUUAUUGAAAAUAAUAAUCUAGAUGUAAAAUCAUCUUUUCUAUUUUUGUCAUGAAUGUUAAUAAAAAGAUUCCUAAAAUCUGAAAGAAGGCAAAUGGGAGACCUGAGGACCUGCUGGAAUCUCUUGCUUGCUGUGCUGAAUCUGUGCAGGUCGAGGCGGGAGAGGCAGUGAGGGGCCGACAGGGACAGGGCUAUGUCCAGUCGGUGCUCAGGGCAUCAUGGCUGUGAUGUGGUCACUCCUCAGGGCAUCUCUCUGCCCUUUUUCCUUGUCCCUCAUAGCACCUGUCCACCAGGCCUGAGAUCACAGGGGCUUAGACACUGCCUGUUUUGUCUCCAAGAAGUUGGCCUACAGAACUCGAUCAUGGCUGCAUAAAACUAACUCAUUCACUCUGGACCCCUAGGAAUGAUUUGCAUGAAACCCCAUACCAGUAAGAGGCACAACCUCUGAACCAGUGGGCGGUGCUCACAAUCAACUUUCGGGGGGAGCUUUUCCAACACCACCCCCUCAGUAGGGCUGAUGGGAAACGGGUGGAGUUGAAGAUCUUGGGAGAUUGAAAAGAGGGCUUCUAGUGGUCGUUCAGGCACUGGUAAAGAGGGGUAGCCCCAAGUUUGCCACUUAAGGCUUCAUUUUGGACCUUAGUACCUCAGCAGGUGCUAGUGGGGCCAGACAGAGAGCUCCUGGCCAGUUCUCACCGUGUAUAUUCUGUCUCUCUUUCUCCCUCUUUCCCUCUCUCCCUAUAAAUAAAUUCCGCUCUUGCCAUUUCCUGCUCUAUACCUGCUUUUAAAUCCUGUCUUGCAGUUUGUUAGCCCACUGGUGAGGACCCAGCAAGCAGG